AUGUGCCUCUAUGCCAGUUGGCGGGUGUGCCACGCGACUGACUACCGGACCGUAGCGGUUAUCGUUGCAGCAACCAUCCUGACUGACAAGUGCUGUCGUCACGGGGCGCCUGAGCAUGAGAAAUGCUUCCCACAGCGCAAUCAGUUGCAAGGCCAGCCCGGCUCGGCAUGUAUGCAACUGGACCAACACGUCUUCACUCCGGCCGGUACAUCUGCCAACCUUUCACCCUCCCACUUUGCCAACUACACUCCGGCUCGCCGUCUCCACCCUCUCGCCUGA